AUGGCGGAGCAUUCCAUUGACACUGGCGACACUCAACCAAUUAGUUGCGUACCGUAUCGCGUAUCAGCUGUGGAGCGAAGGAUCAUAAUUGAAAAAGUCACCGAUAUGCUGAAACAAGUGACAAAAAGAGAUGUUUACCCUUUACCCCGAUUGGAUGACGUUUUUGAUCGUCUUGCUGGUGCUAAAUAUUUUUCCAGUUUAGACCUGAUGAGUGGUUAUUGGCAGGUACCUGUUGCCUCCGCUGAUACGUGUAAAACAGCGUUUGUCACUCCAGAUGGAUUGUAUGAGUUUCUUCGUUUGCCGUUUGGACUGAAUAAUGCACCGUCCACAUUUCAACGGUUGAUGGAUCGAGUGUUAGCUCGCCUUAAGUGGCAAAUGUGUCUCGUUUAUUUAGACGAUGUAAUUUUUCAUUUAGGUCACACCAUUGAUGAGUACGGAAUCCAGCCAGACCCGGGAAAAAUUAGAGCUCUAGUUAACUUUAAAAUUAAUAACGUUAAAACGUUGAGAGCCUUUCUAGGCCUCGCGUCCUUCUAUCGUCGUUUUGUUCCAGAUUUUGCUACAGUAGCACAUCCGCUGCACAGCCUUUUGAAAAAGAAUUCCGUAUGGAGCUGGACAGAAGCCCAAGAGUCUGCAAAAGCUGAGUUAGUUGGCCGUUUGGUGUCGUCCCCUGUACUGGCACACUUCGACCAAAACAUCGAUGUAGUUAUACAAACAGACGCCAGUCUGGUGGGCCUUGGGGCCGUUUUAAUGCAAGAUGCUGGAGAUGGACCACGUCCAGUCGCGUUUAUCAGCCGGAAACUUACCGACGCGGAAAAUAGCUCAGCUGUUCGAUGGCUAUGGUCUAAGAAAGAGGUUACUGGCAAAUUCGCCAGAUGGAUUUUGGCUCUUCAAGAGUACGAUUUUGAAAUUCGCCACAUUAAAGGAGUAAAUAAUUUGGUGGCUGAUGCCCUAUCGCGUAACCCUGAUGAAUCCUGUAUUGGAACCAGUGGCUCCGCGAUCGGUCAUGUAGUUUAUAAAUGUAUCCCUGGAUUACCCGCUGGUCAACUCCAACCCAUUCCACCGCCAGAUCGUCCGUUUCACACCGUCGGUAUGGAUCAUCUCGGGCCAUUGAAAGUCAACGAAUGGAAGACCCAGCACGUUUUUGCAACCGCAGAGCAUCCACAAACAUCUGGACUUGUUGAGCGAGUCAACAGAACGAUGACGCUCGCACUAGCUGCCUACGUUAACACGGAUCAUGACGACUGGGAUCACCAUUUGCCAGCAGCAAUCUUCGCCAUCAAUACGGCAAGGCAAAGUACAACCGAGAUAUCACCGUUCCAACUGGUGUAUGGCCGCCUGCCCUUCACUGCCCUAGAGAACGAGUUUCCGUGGCCAAAAGAACGACCAGAAUCUUUCAACGUCUUCCUGUCUCGAGUUGAGGAGCUUAGAGACGCGGCCCGAAUGAACAUAGUAAAAAAACAGGAGAAAGUGAAGCGCCUGGUGGGUCUUCAGCGCAGAGUAGUGAAGGAUCUCUGCCCAGGAGAGUUGGUGCUUGUUCGUAGGAAGUUGAAGAAGAAAAACAAAACUAAGAAGCUGUUACCAAAGUACGUUGGUCCUUUUCAAGUCGUUAAAAAGGUGUGCCCUACUACAUAUCUGGUUGAAGACCUGCCUGCACGGCGAAAAAAGAAGAGGUUUCGUCGUUUUAACGCUCAUGUCGUCCAAAUCCGCAAGUUCCAUCCAAGAGAGGAUCCUGAGUGGGACGAUUGGCCAGACGAGCCCGACGAUCCAGAUGAAAGCUUGGUCCAGCAAGCGGAUGAGGAAGAUAAUGUGGUGGCACCAUCACUCGCCAUUUCACCAAUCGAUCCUCCGAAUGAAGUCGUGGCUCCUCCCCCUCCAACGAAAACGAGAGCUGGAAGGACAAUAGUACCCCCUAGUUGGUUGAAAAAUUUUGUAAAAUAA